UAUGGCAAAGGCUGGUGGCGACAGAGGGAAGAAAGGAACAAAGGUCGCCCUGGCAUUUCCUCUGUUCAGGCACAGUCUUUCUCCAAGGUGCUGUGUGCCCACCAAGCAGACACCCCAGCCAAGUUCCAAAUCCAGCUACAAAGGAUUGGUCACCAUGCCGGAACUUAAUACCAAAGUCACCAAGACUCUGAACAAAACCACACCUGGGCUUCAAAUAUGGAGAAUUGAGAACAUGGAGAUGGUGCCUAUACCACCCAAGACCUAUGGAAACUUCUAUGAAGGGGAUGCCUAUAUCGUGCUUGCGACACAUAAGACGGGGAAUACUUUCACCUAUGACAUCCAUUUCUGGCUGGGUAGCUCAUCAUCUCAGGAUGAACAAGGUGCAGCUGCCAUCUUCACAACACAAAUGGAUGAGCACCUGGGUGGAGUUGCUAUACAGCAUCGUGAGACCCAAAGUUAUGAGAGCGACACAUUCCGGAGUUACUUCAAGCAGGGCCUUGUCUAUAAGAAGGGUGGUGUGGCCUCAGGGAUGCAACAUGUGGAAACCAACACCUACAAUGUGCAACGUCUACUGCAUGUCAAAGGGAAGAAGAAUGUAAUGGCUGGAGAGGUGGAGAUGAACUGGGACAGUUUCAAUUCAGGGGAUGUCUUCCUGCUGGACUUGGGGAAGCUCAUCAUCCAGUGGAAUGGUUCUGACAGCAACCGUGUGGAACGGCUGAAGGGCAUGAAUCUAGCCAAGGACAUCCGUGACCGAGAGCGUGGUGGCCGAGCACAGGUGGCUGUAGUGGAUGGUGAGAAUGAAGAUGCAUCUCCUACACUCAUGAAGAUCAUGUUCUAUGUGCUCGGGGAGAAGAGGAACAUCCAACCAGCCAUUUCAGAUGCCAUAGUGGACCAGAAAUUGAAAUCUUCUCUGAAGCUCUACCACGUCUCUGAUGUAGAAGGGAAUCUACUUGUGCAGGAAGUUGCUAUCCAGCCCCUUACACAGGACCUCCUGAAGCAUGAGGACUGCUACAUCUUGGACCAGGGUGGCAUUAAGAUCUUUGUGUGGAAGGGCAAGCACUCCAGCAAGGAAGAGAGGCAGCAGGCCAUGUCAAGGGCUUUGGGUUUCAUCAAAGCAAAAAACUACCCACCCGGCACCAGUGUCGAGACGGAAAACGAUGGCUCCGAAUCAGCUGUUUUCAGGCAGCUCUUUCAGAAAUGGACAGUUCACAAUCAAAGCACUGGCUUUGGCAAGACUAAUACAGUUGGAAAAAUAGCCAAGGUGGAGCAGGUGAAGUUUGAUGCCACUACUUUGCAUGCUAGGCCUGAGUUGGCUGCCCAGCACAAGAUGGUUGAUGAUGGUUCUGGAGAGGCACAGGUUUGGCGAAUUGAGAACUUAGAACUGGUGCCAGUGGAGGGUCGCUGGCUUGGGCAUUUCUACAGUGGAGACUGCUAUCUUAUCCUCUACAAAUACUUAGUUUACAGCAAGAUGCACUACAUCAUUUACAUUUGGCAGGGCCGUCACGCCACCAAGGAUGAGAUUACUGCCUCUGCCUACCAAGCUGUCACUUUGGACCAAGAAUAUGAUGGUGAGCCUGUGCAGGUGCGAGUGACCAUGGGCAAGGAACCUGCCCAUCUUAUGGCCAUUUUCAAAGGACGCCUGGUGGUAUAUGCGGGUGGUACUUCCCGAGCUGGUAAUACAGAUCCAGAACCUCCCACCCGCCUUUUCCAGGUUCAUGGGACUAAUGAAUAUAAUACCAAGGCUAUGGAGGUGGCUCCCAGGGCCUCCUCCCUCAAUUCCAACGAUGUCUUCAUUCUCAAAACUCAGAGCUGCUGCUACCUCUGGUAUGGUAAGGGCUGCAGCGGGGAUGAGAGAGAGAUGGCCAAGACUGUGUCCGACCUGAUCUCCAGGAUGGAGAAAGUAGUGGUAGCGGAAGGCCAGGAGCCUGCAGAAUUCUGGGUUGCACUAGGCGGGAAGUCUCAGUAUGCCAACAACAAAAGAUUACAAGAAGAAAUGGUUUCAAUCACCCCUCGGCUCUUUGAGUGUUCCAAUAAGACAGGCAAAUUCCUUGCCACAGAGAUUACCAAUUUUACUCAGGAUGAUCUAGAACAAGAUGACGUGUUCUUGCUGGAUGCCUGGGACCAGGUUUACUUCUGGAUUGGUAAAGAUGCAAAUGAGGCUGAGAAAGAGGCAGCAGCCGUCACUGCACAAGAGUACCUGCGGACCCAUCCAGGUGGUCGGGAUCUUGAUACCCCAAUUGUGGUUGUGAAACAAGGCAAUGAACCUCCAACAUUCACCGGCUGGUUCCUAGCAUGGGAUUCUCUCAAAUGGACAGAGAAGAAAACCUAUGAAGAGCUGAAAGCUGAACUUGCCAAUGACGACAGCCUUGGCCAGCUCAGUUCUGAAAUCUUGGAAGGAAAAGAUAUUUUUACUGCCAAGACGAGUUUUGGCAAGUUGUCAUUCUCUACAUACCCCUCGGAGAAACUGGUGAAUGUAACUGCAGAAGACCUACCCAAGGACGUGGAUCCCAGCCGGAAGGAGCACUAUUUGUCAGAGGAAGAUUUUUUUGAGGUCUUUGGAAUGUCCCAGCGGGAUUUUGCUGCACUGCCUUCAUGGAAGCAAAUGUCUCUCAAGAAAGAAAAAGGACUAUUCUAAAUGGAAAUAAUCCUGCCAUUAUUUUCAGCCAGUUGCAGACCUGAAUUUUAAAAAAAAAGCUUGAUAACAGAAGCAUUCAGAAUUUUCUACCACUAGCAGUUUUGCAGGGACAAAAGGGAUUCCUUUUUAAACACUACAGAUGAUCUUAGGGCAGACCCAGGCAGCUGCUUUAACAUACUUUUCUCCAGUCACGAAGCUGCCCCAAACUACGCUGGCUAAUUUACUCUUUCCCAACAGCCAAGCUCCAAUGUGAUUUGGUGACAAAGUUGGUGAGUGGGGCUAUCGUGACAGCUUUAUUGUGGAACAAAUGAAGGAAAGCAAUCAAUGGAUUUCCUGCUGGUGGAAGGGGAAAAAAAAACACCCACUUUUCCUAAUAUGAGGUUGGGCUGGGGCAGGUUUUGACUGAUGGUGAGGCCGAUGGAUUUUGCCAUCUAUCAGAACCUGAUCUGCUGGGUGAGAACUUUCCAACUCCCCUCUUUUUAUAGGGAAACCCCCAUUCGCACCACAGAUCAGGUGAUGCCCUCCCAUUAUUGCUCUUGGUCUGUUCCUCUCUCUUUUGCACAUGCUGUAGCACUCCCUUGGUCACCUGGUCUCUCACUCUUUCUCACACUCUUAUCACUCCAGUUGCUCUCACUUAUUUGGCCCGGUCUCAGGGGACUCCCCAAUUCAACUAGCACUAUUUUUCUUACCAACGUUCCUUGCAAGAUUUUCCUACCUGGAACAUUUUGGACCCAAAUCACUUUGAGAUAUCAAGCAAGAAUAUCACAAUCUUGCAACCUGGCCAGAAACCACUGAACAACUUAAAAGCAGCCAAUUUCUGCUGCUUAAAAACAUUUUUUAAAACUUGCUUUGGCAAUAGAAGAAAAUAUAGGUAUGGCAGAUCUAGGAGGGUUUUGACCCUCUGAGUCUGCCCCUAAUCUGCUCUUGUCUAUACUCAUAGCUGUCUACAUAAUUAUAGCUAGAGAGUUUUCAGCUGCCAAUGAAGAAGGUGCUGCCAAAACAGAUGGGAUUUUCAGGCCCCUGAGCUGGAAGUCUUGAAGUGACCCAUAAAGCACAGAGCAUCCCAGCUGGAACCAUAGUUUUCUUAUGAAAUGUAUCCCAAUGCAAAUAAAACAUCGGCACACAAAAUGAGAAGCUAUCCUUGUUUGUAAGCAGCAAGUCACUACACCUUUACAGCAGCAUAAACAGAACUGGGUCAGUUUACCAUCAGGCCACUACUGUUGUAAAUUCAGUUAAGUUAAACUACGUUGAAACAUACCCAGUCCAUAUUGGCAGAAAUAGCCUCUCAAUUCCUCAAAGAGAAAUCAAACAGGAUUGAAGUUUUGUGGCUUACAAUAAUAACAAUUUUACCUUCAGAGAAUGACAGCUUUUGAAGUAUAUGGACCCCACUCCUAAUGUACAUUUCCAUAAUGAAUUUUAGUAGUUUUUAAUAUACAGCAACGUAUCCUCCAACAGGUUUAUGCAUUUUAAAACAAUCAAAAACAAAUUUUAAAUUAAUCAAAAAUUUGGAAUAUCUAAGAAUGCAAAAUUAAUGUGAAAAAGUACCAUGGUUUUUUAGUGUCGAUUUUGUGGAGGAAAAACAGCAAUCAAAUAGCAGUAAGGACAACAGAAAAGUUUCAAGGCACUGCAUUGUUCUAGAAAGAAAAAUCAGAUUCCACAUUAAUAAAGAGUGUUUAAUUUCUCAGAAA